UCUAUCACUCCAUUUUCCUCUUCCCUUUCUCUCUCCUCCUCCUCCUCCUCCUCCUCCGUCGAGCUUCUCUCUCUACCUCCUGCUCUCUCUCGGUCGUCCAUGGCGAUCUGAAUAAUCAUCCUUCCUUCAGAGGACACAAGGGGACGGGACCGUACAGCCGAAAUCUAGGGCUCCUGCUUCGCGGUUUUGGCUCCGGUUUUUGGUAAUUCUCUCGCCUUGCGCUUCCGGCACAGGGAGAGGAAGGAGCAGGGGAAGGUGAAAGAGGUAGAGAGAGACGGGUAGGGAGACGGCGGGCGGGUGGGGGCACAAUGUCGGCAUUGGACUCCAUUGAUUCCUUCCUCUUCUCUCUCAGCAGAGCGUUCUGCAGCCCGCUCGCUGUUUUCGUUCAGAUCCAGGGAUGUCUCAUAUGCUUAAUUCUAGCCUUGGGAUGGGCUCUGGCUGCUUAUGUCAGGAACCGGGAAAUCAGACGGAUGAAGGAUAGCACGAGACGAGGCAAUAGCUUUGCAUUUCUUUGUCACGAUAUCAAUGAGCUUGAGCACUCCAGGCAGGCUCAGCUACCGCGGGUUUCCGUUGUGAUGCCCUUGAAGGGGUUUGGAGAGCACAAUUUGCACAAUUGGAGAAGUCAGAUCACAUCUCUUUAUGGUGGUCCUCUCGAAUUUAUUUUCAUUGUGGAAAGUACAGAAGACCCUGCUUACCAUGCUGUAUCUUUGUUGAUAUCAGAUUUUCAGGGUGAAGUUGAUGCAAAGGUUAUUGUAGCUGGUUUGUCGACAACCUGUAGUCAGAAAAUUCAUAAUCAGUUGGUUGGGGUUGAGAACAUGCAUAAAGAUAGCAAGUAUGUGCUAUUUUUGGAUGAUGAUGUUCGACUGCAUCCUGGAUCAAUAGGAGCCCUCACUGCUGAGAUGGAGAAAAACCCUGAGAUAUUUAUUCAGACUGGAUACCCCCUUGAUUUGCCAUCUGGAAGUCUAGGGAGUUACUGCAUAUACGAGUACCACAUGCCUUGUUCAAUGGGCUUUGCUACUGGUGGAAGAACAUUCUUUCUGUGGGGCGGUUGUAUGAUGAUGCACGCAGAUCAUUUCAGAUACGACCACUGUGGUGUGGUGUCAGGACUUAGAGAUGGUGGAUAUUCUGAUGAUAUGACUCUUGCCGCCAUAGCUGGGGCUCAUAAGAAACUUAUUACAUCUCCACCUGUUGCUGUUUUUCCUCACCCACUCUCCAGUGAUCUUAGCUUUUCUAGAUACUGGAAUUAUUUGAGGAAGCAGACCUUUGUCUUGGAAUCUUAUACCACAAAAGUUAAUUGGAUAAUGAACCGUGCCCUCUUUACUUCCCAUUGCUAUCUUUCUUGGGGAUUCGUCGCACCCUACCUUAUGGCCGUGGUUCAUGUUACUGCUGCUCUGCGAGUCUAUGUUAAAGGUUAUAGACUUGAGGAGACCAGCUUGACUUCAACGGGGUUACUGAUGGUGACCUGCCUAGCAGCGUGCACUCUCACGGAACUAUUUUCAAUGUGGAACUUGACAAGAAUAGAGGUUGAACUUUGCAAUUUGCUCUCACCUGAGGCACCCAAGCUCUCGCUUGCUUCCUAUAACUGGUCCCUCGUUUUUAUUGCGAUGCUGGUGGAUAAUUUCUUAUACACUAUCAGUGCUGUCCGUUCACACUUUUCUCAGUCCAUCAAUUGGUCGGGCAUUCGGUACCACCUGAAAGAUGGAAAGAUAAGCAAAAUUGACAGGAGCAAGAAUAUGGGUCCCAAAUUUACCGAUUUAGGAGGGAAGAACUUAUACGGGAAGAAAGGAUUGCCACCUAAGGGCUCGUUCGUUAUCUCACUGGCCCGAAGCUUGGCCCAAUGGCGCCAGCCGAAGAAAUACGAUGUGUAGCUCACAGAAUUCUCGGUACUCACGUUCCAAUUGUCGGGAGGGCGUGGGAGUGGCGGCAAGGACUGCUGAAGGAGCAACAGUGUGGACUCUUUCGACCCCGACAUUCGGGACAAUCCUUUAGGCCUCAGCAAUUGGUGUUUGUCUGGUUCGGACUAUCUUAUUCUUAUUGGGGGUUCAUAUUUGUUCAUUUGUUGAUCGAUCUUCUUUCUCAUUCAACCAUUGUUCAUUCACCUUCAGCCUCUCUCCACCAGUCCGGGCUAAUUUUGCGAGUUCGUAUUGUUGUAUAAGUUAUGAAUACAAGUUAUGUCUCAUAGUGCGUAGCAUGUAGGAGUCGAAGAAUAGGGUCUCUAUGCAUUCAAGGUGUGGUGUGGAAUAGAAGUUGAACUCUGAUCUGAAGAUGGGAAGAAAAGGGUGGUCUCUGGUUCUUUUGUCUCGUAACCAAUUUGUAUCAUUAUUAGUGAAUGCUUGCUUCUAUGGAAUCUAGUUAAGUCCACAUAUUCAUUCUUUCA